AGCUGCCGUCCCUCCGCCUUGCGGCGGGCUCGUCCUGUCCUGCAGCACCGCCCGGCACCCCUGCCACUAGCUGUGUCACCAGCUCUAGCCCUCAGCCUGGGGACGGUUUCCUUCCCCUCACCCGGCAGCAACAGCCCUCAGUUUCCAUCACCACCGCUCUGAUGGAGCAAGCGGACUGAGUUCAAUGGAAGGCUUCUGCCUGAUGGUGACGCUUUUACAAGGCUCCUUGUCCCCUCACUUUGAUUGUCACUCCCCACCCCACUGGGCACCAGAGGUGUGCCCGCCGGCCGGAGCUGCAUUCCCUGCUGGGGUGGGCUUUGCGGGGCUGGCCACACCUGGAGGAUCGGAGCCGCCCAUCCCUUUCCCGUGGUCCCGCCCCAGCUGUUCCAGCUGCCCGCACUCGGGACCGGGAGAAGGAAGCGCUGGCCGAGAUCCUUCCCGGAUCAUGUGAUGGUGGAGCCACGUCCAACCUCGUCCCCAUCGCGGGCCCGCUGAGCCCCCGGCGAGGAUGGCACUGCCGGCCCUGGGCCUGCUGCUGGCAGCGGGGCUCCUGCACACGCAGGCCUCCCCUUCAGCACGCUCCUUCCAGCUGGAUUACGAGCACAACUGUUUCCUCAAGGACGGUGCCCCUUUCCGCUACAUCUCGGGCAGCAUCCACUACGCCCGCGUCCCGCGCCCUGCCUGGAGGGACCGGCUGCUCAAGAUGUACAUGAGCGGGCUCAGCGCUGUGCAGGUCUACGUCCCCUGGAACUACCAUGAGACACUGCCAGGAGUUUAUGACUUCACUGGGAACCGGGAUGUGGAGGCCUUCCUGGACCUGACAGCUGAGCUGGGACUUCUGGUGAUCCUGCGGCCGGGGCCCUACAUCUGUGCAGAGUGGGAGAUGGUGAGCCCUGGCCCCAGCCUGGCACAGAGACGUGACGGGGGGUCUGGAAAGGGCACAGCAGGGUUGGCCCUUCUGGCUGUCACACUGCCUCCAGUGCCAUGCCCGCUGUGCCCAGGCUGCUGCCCCAAAGGCCACAGGCCGUGCUGGUGCCAAGCACUAGCAUUGCACUGGCUGAGUUCAGCAGUGUGCAGCCUGAAACUGAGCAGUUUCGCAGUUUCUCUGCCUCCCCCUCUGCUGUGUGUGUUUCUCCAGGGUGGCUUGCCUGCCUGGCUGCUGUGGAAGCCAGACAUCAUCCUGCGCACUUCCAACCCUGCCUACCUGGCAGCUGUGGACUCCUGGCUCCAUGUUCUGCUGCCCAAGAUCAAGCCACGCCUGUACCACCAGGGAGGGAACAUCAUCAGUGUGCAGGUGGAAAAUGAAUAUGGGAGCUACUACGCCUGUGACCAUGGAUACCUGCGGCACCUGCUGGGCUCCUUCCGGGCGCUGCUGGGCAGCGAGGUGCUGCUCUUCACCACAGACAGCACGGGAGCCCAGGAGCUGCGCUGCGGCACCCUGCAGGGGCUCUACGCCACCGUCGACUUCGGGCCAGGAUCCAAUGUGACAGAGGCAUUUGGUGCCCAGCGCCGCGUGGAACCGAGGGGGCCCCUGGUAAACUCUGAGUACUACACAGGUUGGCUGGACUACUGGGGCGAGGCACACGCCAGCACCAGCGCAGCGUGGGUGGCCCGGGGGCUGGAGGACAUGCUGCAGCUGGGAGCCAGCAUCAACAUGUACAUGUUCCAUGGAGGGACAAAUUUUGCCUACUGGAGUGGUGCUGACUACAAGGGCCAGUACAAACCAGUGACCACCAGCUAUGACUAUGAUGCCCCCCUGUCGGAGGCAGGAGACCCCACUGAGAAGCUGUUUGCCAUUCGCACGGUCAUCAGCAAGUUCCAGCCCCUGCCAGUGGGCCCGAUGCCACCUGCCACCCCCAAGUAUGCCUAUGGCUGGGUGGCCCUGCGCAAGUAUGCUGACCUCCUGGAUGUCUUGGAUGUGCUGUGCCCCUCUGGGCCCAUUCAGAGCCAGUUCCCUCUCACCUUUGAGGCCCUAAAGCAGGUCCAUGGCUUUGUGGUGUACCACACACAGCUGCCCUGGGAUGUCCCAGACCCAGCCACGCUGGGUGCUCCUCCCCACAGCAUCUGUGACCGUGGCUACGUGAUGCUGCAGAAGGAGUACCAGGGAACGCUGGAGCGGGACGGGCAGACCACACUGCAUGUAACGGGCAGGGCAGGGGACAGCCUGGACAUCCUCAUGGAGAACAUGGGCAGGAUCAGCUUCGGGGCCAACACCAGUGACUUCAAGGGCUUGCUGGGAAACCUCUCACUGAACUCCAGGCCUCUCAGCAACUGGCUGAUCUACCCCCUGGCCAUAGACACCGCAGUCCAACAGGGCUGGCCCCACACUGCUCUGCCAAAAUCAAGCAGUGGGGGCCGAGUGGGGCCAGCCUUCUACACUGGGACCUUUGAGACACCUGGCAUUGCCUGGGACACCUUUGUGAAGUUCCCAGGUUGGAGCAAGGGACUGCUGUGGAUAAAUGGCUUCAACCUGGGCCGGUUCUGGAGCUGUCGUGGGCCCCAGCAGACCCUGUUUGUGCCUGGCUUGGUGCUGCACGCUGGCCGCCCCAACAACAUCACAGUGCUGGAGCUAGAAGGGGCACCUCCCACGCCUCUCCUGCUCUUCCUUGACCAACCCCUUUACAACAGGACACUUGGCUGCAGCACCAUGGCCAUGGAGUAAACACUGCUGGACACUG